CAGAGGAAGAGUAAUCAGUGGACUCUCCUUUAGCUGCGCUUCCGCCGCAGGCUACGCAGCCGAGUAGUUCUGUAUUAUCUUUUCGCCAAGCUGUCGCGCCUAGCGUCCUCCAGGCUGAAGCGGGAUCCUCUGAAAUCUGAAGUCUGGGCGUCGUGGUGAUACAAGAAGUGCGCCACUUUUAUUCACCAGAUGCAGUAACCUCCAUACCAUUGCUCAACUUCAAAGGGUCCGACCGUUGGUUUUCAAGAAGUCCAAGCACGACAAAAGAUCCUCAUCUGGCGUUUUGUAUUCCACUUCUUUAUGAUCGGUUGCUGCAAAAAAGGUAUCACCCAAAACCUGUGGACGAGGCCACGCAAGAUUCAAUGAAGACUCGUGAGGACAAUACUAGCCAUAGAAAUUAUGUAGCAAUACGUGCAUUGAAAAAGGUUUGACAACAAGGACUUGAUGUUACUGAAAAGUCCGCCGUCGAAACAACUACAUUGUUCACAUUGAACUACGUCAACGUUUUUAUUUUAUCGCAGCGAACGAUCAGAAGAAAAGAGAUGCCGUCGAUUCGUAACAUCUCUCCAUGGUCACGAAGAUUUCUCCACGACAAUGGCCACGACCUUGUUAUGGACUUUCCAGGUCAAAAGACAAAGAUUACUCACCAAGCAGAGGAAGGUCGUGAAGUACAACAACUGCCAAAAGAUAUUGAAGGACGAUCCCAGACGUCUACUUCACCCGUCGACGAAACCUCUCAGGCUUUGGAAAGUCACGUCCGGGAAAGCCUUGAUAAACUUGUGAAUCACUUGCAAACUCAGCUCGCAGAGAAGGAUCAAGUUAUUGACUGCCUCCUCCGAGAAAACGCUCAACUACGACAGAAAGCAUUUGCGGAAAGUGGUAAAGUUAAGACCACAGAAAGUAGAAUUACAGUUGAUUCGCUAGUCAUCAAUCAUGAUGUGCUGCUAUCUGUAUCUGAAUGGACGGAGACUCUCACUUACUUCCACGUUGCUAUGUUUCUCUUGCGUGGUUUAUUUCAGAAACGACAUUGCUUUCUCUGACAUCAAACUUGUGAGAGUUUCUGCAUCUUCUAAGAGCAAAAACAGAGUAACAGAGGAGCUUCGCAAGCUCGUUGAUCAGGAGAUACAAACAAGCUCCUCUUUCGGCGAUGCUAGUACAGGGCUCGCCUCGCUGAAAAAGAGUCCGAAAGGCGUGGCGAAUCAUGGAACAGUCGCAUCGCCAGAGCCAUCGCUGGGGACCAAGGCGUCACGAAUUGUGGUAUCACUAAAACUCGAACUGAUGCAAUAUUAGCUAACUAGACUACAUCAGCGAAGUACUACAACGGACUCACAGAAAAAGCAGUGAGGGCCCUGCCUCUUCCGAAAAGGGCCGCGACGCUCGGACGACAGGGCAAAAGGCCUCGCGGCUACGCCCAGCAAGCAGCACGGCGCAGACGUACAAGAAGCAAGGCCGCCCCUUCGAGUCCACGCCGGCGGCCCUCGUAAGAACGGCCCGAAGUGCUCCGCGAACCUGGGCAGGGGCCAGGCGAACAGCACCGCCGCCGGGUCAGCUCAGGACGACCUAAGCCAGCGGCGCCCCGUGAUUGAGGGGAACAAGAAGAGGGGGAGGGGGAGCGCGGCGACCCGGCUCGCGGUUUGCAGGCUUCUGGCAGCGGAGCUGGAAUCAAUCGCAAGGGACCACAAGCAGACAGGAAAGAGGGAGGAAAAGUGCAAAACCAAACAGAAAGCAAAGAGCAAGCCAACGUCAGACGGCACGGCAAGGAGUGAGCUGGCAACCCUUUGGGCCCGAGGCGGGGGCCGUCUUCCGCGGCUUCGGGCUUGCGGAGGCAGCAUGGCGGCUGCCCUUUUUCUUUCUAAUCGCGUCGCCGGACUGAUGGAGCUCAAGAAGACCUCUCGCGGCAAGGUCUGACUGCAAUGCGUUACACUAACUGCGCAAUAUUAUGAGGAAGGCCGCCACGAUGAUCAUACUGCGCAGGCAGAGGGGCCAGCGCGUGGAAGCCUCCAAGAUGGCGGACAGCACAACUGUCGCCAUGUUUCACGUGUGGGCUUUUUCUCUGUCUCCUUCUCGGUCUCUUUGCGCAGAGUCUGGGGCAAGAUGCAGCAAAGGCGUGGGCACCAGGCCGGAAGGCGCCGAAGAUAGAAGACUGCAGACCUUGGCCCAGCUCAAGCGAUGAAGAAAAGGGACGGGCAUGAGACUAGUAAAAGCAAUCCUGGCACUGGAAGGCAAGAAUGUAUCUUGGGAGCGAGCAGAGGCUGCGGGCUGUGACUGGUUCAGGAAGGAGAUGCUGGGAGCUUCACCAGACGAGUCAGCGCGCAAGACCAUCGCAAGACUUGGGAGCGGGUCGCUGGCGCUUCGCUUCGAAGCAAGUGAAGCAACCGAAGCGCACCGCGGGCGUCUUCCAUCGGUUAAGGAAGUAGCGCAGGCGCUUCUCAAGGGCGUAGUGACCUGUCCGCUAGAGAAAGCCGCCGAGGCUGUGCCGCGAGAGUUCACACCUGAAGACCGACAGACGUGGCCCAGCACAAUCUGCAAAGCCAGGGGCUUGGCUGGUCUGUGAACUUCUGCAAAGUAAGCACGCGGGUGCAGCGAAUAGCCCCGGCGGUCAAUUAGGCGGGCGGCGUAGUGUUGUGUGCCGCCUUUGGGCGGGAGGUCUGCGAGUGAGGCAAAAGAAAAGGGCAGCCAGCGGACCUCCCAGAGGGGUGCCACCCCUCGGCCAUGGCAUGCGCGCAGUGUGAGCAGGUUGCCACGGGUGGACGUCUGAAGGAGGACGUCGAGGAGCCGCGCGCCGACUCGAGCACUGAAGCAGAGGGGCGCCGGGUAAGAAGAGGGCGGAAAAUGAACGCGGGGAAGCUGAAAGACCGGAAGGAACUGAAGGAGGCCGCACCCUUUAGCCCAAUCGGUGAAGGCUGAAGGAUAGGAGCCGCGUGCUGGGCUGGGCAUUGCGCUUGUAGUGGCUUUCGUGUUUGGUGGGCUCCUGGAUGGUGCAAUGACAGCGCUGGCCAUAAUCGUGCACGGAGUCGAAGGCAACUUAACCAGCGGGGCCACGGCAGAGAACGCGGCGCGCGGGCUCCUUGCGAGACGCGUAAGCGCCUGAGAGGCAUCUGGGAAGCAUUUGGUGGGCUUGUCUCGCGGGCUAUGCAAUAGCGGCAAUAGCGGGGCCCCGGCACUCCUCUGGGGCUCUCUGGUUUAUGCCUCCUUCGUCGGUUGUUGUGGCGGUGGGCUCGGUAGUGAUGUGGCUGACCGACCGGGUGCGGGUGUGGUAUCUGGGCGCGCAUAGUGGCGCGGCUGUCGCCGUGCGAUAUGAGUGGGAUGAACGGCCAGCGCGUGGGCUUGGUCUUGUGGCAAUGGCGAGGCAUAGCCCAUGGGCACAGGUAGAAGAUGGGGGGCUUGGCUUCUAGACGCCUCAGGCUCUGCGGACAUGGGGCCGCAUUUUCGACAGGUCCCGGAAGGUGCCCGCGUUCUUCUGGUGGCUUUUCGGGAUUAGUGUCAUCCGCUUGAAGGUGGACGCAUGGGGAAAAAUUUUAGCGAGCUAAGUGAGCUAGCGGCCAUAGUUUGCGCGUGGCAACUACGACGCACCUGAGUGGACUUAAGCGCCGGCCCCUUUGAGCUUUUGUGGACGAAGGUCGGCGGACUAGAGCGCAGCGGCGGCCAAGAUACUCACAGCGAGAGGCGUGCGCGCUUUCAGACAGUCGCUCGGUCAGUGCUUGCCCCGAAGGAACGUGCAGACGACGAGGGAGCAGGCGGCGCAGGAUGAAAUCGCGGGGCUGCCUUUGCAGCAGCGGAGCGGAGCAGCCCGCUGCGCCUGCGACGCUGUCGAGCUCUCUGCUUCUAGCAAAGGCCAUAGGUUCAGCGACUUGCCCGUUCGUUCGCCGUUUAAGUUCGCCGGGCUUGUGAAACAUUUAGCGCAGAAUGCAAGGCCUGGCGAUUAUGGUGCAAGAGUUUCUGGGCAGUUAUUUGGCGGGGGGAGGGCAGAAAAUUUGCCUCGCCUCGUCGAGUUUGGCGCGCUUGCUUGUUUGGUGCUUGCAGCUGCUGGCGCCUUUGCGUGCUCUGACUGAACUCCUCGCGUGAGGCCGCGAAAAACUUCAUGCGGGCGGGGGCUGCGUCGUCGAUAGGCUGUGGCCCAUAUGAAGGGCCAGCGUGGCGUGUUUCUGCCGGUGUUGUCGAAGAUCUCGCGCGGGGUGGCGGCGCUUUUUUGAGGAAGGUGCUUGCCUUCUUUCUGCUGAUGCUUUUCGCUUUCGGCUUUGUUUCUAGUGGCCCUCUUGCUCUUUUUUUGUGUGUUUCGAUGGCGUGCCAGUCUUGAACUUCUUUCGUUUACAGCUUGGCUGCGGGUAGUUCUUCUUCCGUUGUCUGUGACUUGUUCUGGUUCUUUCUGAGUACUUAUGCAGGUUCUUGCCUCACGUGGGCCAUAUUGAUAUACAUAGUAAGUCACACGCGUUUGCGUUGCUCGCCUUUAACAUCAAUCUACUACACACCAGCUUGAAGCAAAGCUCGGCGCGCUUGAAGAGCAGCUAAAGGCCUUGGAGCGAACACCACAGCCCAAGAACCCGUUCUCAUCUGAGCCAGGGAAGUCGAAAAACCCUUUCGCCUUCCUCGGGAACGAGGACAACGCAGCCGAAAGCGUUAACAAAAGAGCAGAAGACGACGCUGCUGCGGAGAAGAAGCGUAAUAUUAGCAAGAAGUAAGCAAGCAAGAUUUUUAAUGCUAACUAAAACUAAUGUUGCCUUCUAGUGGUCUUCAAGCUUUUUCGUUAGCGUGCUCCUUUUAUUCCUCUUCUUUCUUCACAAGAUAUUAUCAUUUGGAACAUCUACUAGGGUCUCAUCUUGCCUCUACGAUACCCCAAGAAUGGAUGCGUGCUGGUCGCCGGUCACUGCCUGUUCCUCCGAUAGAAAAAGGCGAUCUUAUCUACAUUACUGGUCCAGAGAAGACUGAUGGCGGUUCUUCCUCAUCGAGGUCGGUGGAUCGUGUUGCUGGUGCUUCAUCUUCUUCAUUAAGUAAAAAUACUGCGGCCGGCGCCGCGCCAAGUAGUGGUAGAAGUACACCAGGAGGGAUCCUGAAUAGAAAUAGAAGACCUUCAACCACGAGUUCUACUCAAGCCGCAGCAGCUGCGAGAGAUGCAGCAACAACUCCAGGAGAUAUCGUCCAUCUUGAGUUUGACGACAGCAGACCUCCCAGUCGUAGUACAUCUGCUCGAAAACCAGCAAGGACAUUAGGCGAGCUGUUUUUCAAGGACAAGGAGGCACUUCGUGAAAGCAUUACAGAAUUGCUCGAUGCUUCCUCGGCUGGAGAUGCUACUGAGCUCCUUACACGGAACAAAGACCAGCUCGUGCAAGAACAGCUUGAGGCUGACAUGCGUGCUUUGCUAUGACAGGGAAAAGUGCACUCGUCAUACUCAAGAAAUAUUUAUAUCUAGCUACGUUUGAUGAAGUAGUGGGAAAGCAAAUUAUAGCUUCCUCUUUCUGGGUAUGAAUGAGUACAUUUUUUUUGAACUUCAUGUUUGCAGGAACGAGUAGACAACGCCAAGCGCGCGAUUGGGACUUUCAGUUUACAGCGAAGUGGGAUGCAAGGAAGUGGGAGUGCGAAGUCCAUCAGAUCCGAAGGCUCUGUCACAGCACCAUCCGAAGCUACGAUAAAUGCGAAAAUCAAUGCGUCCUCUGCGUUUUUGUCACAGGCAGCUUUGUUUGGCAAAAACGAUGCUGAUGAAAUGAGAAAUCACGGUACUUUAUUCAUUAGCAAUAAAGAAAACAUCAACAACAAGCUUCAAGUGAGUAGCGGAGAUGCAGAAGUUAGAUUUGCAGAUAAGCUCAUUGAAAUACAACAACGACGUACAAGAGAACAAGCAAGACUCCUAUCUGAAAAUCGCUAAUCCAGAAGGUUUCUGAAGAAAAAAGUUGCACCAUUUUGCGAUUGCGUAGUACGCUUCACCCCAAAACUCUCUUCAUAACCAAAAACUACC